UGGUGUGUAAAUCGGAUUCAAAAAGAUCAUCAUAAGGCUUCUGGUUCCAUAAAAUGCGAGGAAUUUCUUCGCCAGCUGAGCGCCUAUCAGCUUUUCAAAAAGUACUCUGCUGAGUGUAGUUCGUUAAGUCCUUGAGAUUCUAAUAAGAAUUAGUCGUGUCUGGACAGACGAUUCCGCUGCAGUGAGCGUGUUGCCCGCUCACGAACAUCGGCGUUCAGUCACUACAUUGGCUAUGGAAACACGCUGUUUCACCUACACAGGAAAUCUAUAGUCACGUGGUACAGGAAUAUGUUCCGAUUAGCUUAAAAGGGAAGGGUUUGGAAAGAAGCGAUCAUGACUUGUCUUAAAGGGACCGACGGGAGUUUACCGCGUACUAUCCAAAUAAAAGUUCAGAGGACCACCUAAACACGGACCUUCUCGAUGAAUCAGCGCUCUGCUUUUCUUAAGAAAGAUAAAACUGGCUGACUUAUCUGCUAUUGUAUUGUGUACGAUGUUACAAGUCACGAUGGAAAGUCCUCGUACCAACAGAUGACGUAUGUCUGAAGCCCACCAAGAACAUUCUCAGCAGGAGGUAAGUCCUUCUUUACGUUAUCUGUACCAGGUUGGUUUUAAAACCUUAUUCAUUUCCGAGAAAAGCCAUUCACAAUUCAGUGGUCGUAUCAGUGUUAUGCAACGCAACGGAGCAUGAUAAUGUGCAGAACAGAGGGCCAUUCAAAGAUGACUGACGUAAAGCCCCUCCUGUUCCCCCAAGCACAUAAAAGCGCUGUUAAUCAGACGAUAGACAUCAGUGACUACUAGAACUUGUCAUGGGCGUUACAGCUGUUACCGCAUGUCUGCUGGUGUGUCUGGCGGCGAUACAUGGCGCCCCAUCACAGAGAGACAGCACACAAGUUCACAGAGGCGUACCAGAGAGUCGUAACAGCUUACUGGUCGCUGAUAAAUCGGAGGAUAAGGCAGUCAAACUGGAAGACAUUCUGAACGAGGGAAAGAAUUUCGAACCUCGUCCGAAAGGGGGCAGCUUCAGUCCUGUUAGAAACGAGAUGGACGGACAAAAGAAAUCUUCCUUACCUGAGUUCAACCGAAUUCCAUCGCUGAGUAACUUCUGUCCGACGUGUGUCCCGGACUCAUUUCGCUGGAACAACAGGUCAUGACAACAAUAAAACCGAGUUUACUCUCCACGUGCUGUGGAUUCUGCAGUCUCAGUAGUGACCAACUCCUUGUAAUCGAACGCAGGCUCACAAAGAACAUGAAAAGGAACUUAAACGAGCGUCCUACGGUCAAAACAAACAAAGCCUAGCGUAAGCACAGACCUUGAGGGCGUUAGACUAGGCAAGCUAUAAAACAAAACGCGCGUGGAACAAGGUUUUGUUUUUGACUGUGUGAUACACCGAAUGAAUUAUGACACAUAUUUCAGGUGUACAUUUUAUUUAUUUGUUAUUCAAAACAGUGAAUUUGUGUAGUCUGGACAAUGUUUUUAGAUUCACUGCUGAGAACUGUCGCCAUUGAUCAUAUUAUUUAUUUCAUUUCAUGAAUUGUUUUUCUACGUCACUUUUAAUAUCAUUAAAAUAUAUGUGAUUUUUCUUAUAAAGUGUUGGAGCCGAUGUUAGACGACUAAUACGUGACCAUGCAUCUUAGUGCUGAAUACUUUAAAUCUGACCAACAUCCCUUGGGGCUUUGCAGUAGGGCGUCCAUCUUGUGAGAGCUGAUCUCUAGGCAAAACUGUACAGAGCCCUUGAUUAACCAUUUUGAAAAAAGCUGUAUUCAUUUCGGAAAUUUCUGGUAACUUACAUGUCAACGAAGGUGCAGCCUUCUCUGCUACUAGCAGGGGGCAGUCACAUGACACAGUUCAAAAUGGCGGAUUGAUAAAAGUGAUUCUGGUUCUGUCGGCAUAAUUGAGCUUCGUACUGUAAGGAUUAAUGCCUCGUUCUUGCUGGUAUUAAUAAAUUUGAUUUUGUAUUAGUGUCCUUCCUGAAUGUACUGACUUCUUUGCAUUAUUUACAUUUGUUGUCGUGUAACAAAAUAAUAAAGUUACGAACCUUGAAAAGUGUUCACGAGAAAAUGA